AUGCGGGAUCACCCGAAAGCGAACACGGAACAGACCGGGGUCACAGGAACGCAGAACACGGGAAAAAGACCGGGGUCACAGGAACACAGAACACGGGAACAGCACGGGCACAGGACCAGAAAACCCGGGGAAAAGACAGGAUCACAGGAAAAACAGACACGGGAAAAAGACACGGACACAGGGAAAACGAACACGGAACAGACAGGGAUACAGGAACCCAAAAACCGGGGAAAAGACACGGGGUCCGGAACACAGAACACGGGACAGACCGGGAUCACAGGAAAACAGAACACGGAACAGACAGGGAUCACAGGGGAAGACACGGGAACAGACCGGGGUCACUGGAACCAGAACACGUCACAACACGGGAUCCAGAACCAGAACACGGGAACAGACCGGGAUCACAGGAACACGAAACCCGGGGGCAGAACGGGAUCACAGGGAAACAGAAAACGGGAAAAAGACACGGGGUCACGGAACCAGAACACGGGGAACAGACACGGGAUCACAGGAACCAGAACACGGGAACGACCGGAUCACAGGACCCCGAAAACCCGGGGAAAAGACACGGGGUCACAGGAAAACAGAACACGGGAACAGAACGGAUCACAGGAAACACAGAACCGGGAACAGACCGGAUCACAGGGAACCCCGAACACGGGGAAAAGACCGGGGUCAUUGGAACCAAAAACACUCAACAGACACGGGGUCACAGGAAAAAGAACACGGAACGACCGGGCACAGAAAACGAACACGGAACAGACACGGGGUCACAGGAAAACAGAACCGGGAAAAACACGGAUCAAGGAACACAGAACACGGGAAAAAGACACGGGGUCAUUGAACACAGAACACGUCAACGACCGGGAUCACGGAAAAAAGAACACGGGAACAGACACGGGAUCACAGGAAAACCCGAACCGGGGCGACACGGGUCACAGGAAAACCCGAACACGGAAAAGACCGGGGUCACAGGAACACGAAAACGGGGAAAAACACGGGAUCACGGGAAACAAACACGGGGAAAAGACACGGGAUCAUUGGGAAACCCGAACCUCAACAACACGGGAUCACAGGAAACAGAACACGGGAACAGAAAACGGGAUACAGAAAACCCGAACCGGGAACAGACACGGGAUCACAGGGAACACAAACACGGGGAAAGACACGGGGUCACAGGAACCCGAACACGGGAACAGACCGGUACAGGAAACACAAAAAACGGGAUCACAGGAACAAGAACACUCAACAGACCGGGGUCUCGGAAAACAGAACACGGGAACAGCACGGGAUCACAGGAAAACAGAACACGGAACAACACGGGAUCACAGGGAAAACAGAAAACCGGGGAAAAACCGGAUCACAGGAAACAGAAAACCCGGGGAACAGACACGGGAUACGGAACACAGAACACGGACAGACCGGGUCACAGGAAAACAGAACACGGGGAAAAGACACGGGAUCACAGGAACACAAACACGGGAACAGACCGGGAUCACAGAACCGAUCCUCUUCAUUUUGUCAGAUUUAAACCCGAAAGACCCCAAAACGGAAAAGGGGGUAAAAACUAGAAACCCAGUUUUGCCUCUCCGACUCGAAGUUUACCCAGAAAUUGAAAACAGGACCAAAAAUAGGUUUGGGGGACCACUUACCCGUAAUAGUAAGAAAGGAACGGUCCAAGGAAAGAACACGGAACGCAGGGAUCCGGGAAACAACGGGAAAAACCGGGAACGGGAACGACCCCGGGAAGACACGGGGGCACAAAGGCAGAACCCGGGAGCAAGGGGCCCUUCCCUUACAAAGGGGAUAUAG